GCUCGGCUGCUCAUUGGCUGGCAGCGCGGAGUUAGUUGCCGCGGUCCCCGAGCAGCAGGCGGCUGGCUGGGCGCUCGGUUUGCAGGGUAGCCGGAGCGGGCGGCGGUGCAUGGGAGCGCGCGUAGAGCUUCAGACCCUUUCCAGAGGGCUGCGGUUCUUCGGACUCGCAUUAAGUUCCGCGCCAGCCAGGGAGCCGCGGGGAGUUCAUGGCCGCCGUCGGCUUCAAGGCUGCGGGCAGCGGCUUGUGGAAGGGUAACGGGGCUGGCUUGCAGCUGGCCGCCGCCGUCUUCUGCCAGAGCUGCAGCUCCGCCGCCAGCAGCGGCCCUGGCGAGGGCAGGCGGGCGGGCUGGGGCCAGCAAAGGGCUCAGCACCAGUCUGCGGGGCAAUUCCCACCCCCGGCAGUCCCCGGCAGAGCCCGGAGAGCCGCGGAGUCCAGCCCGGCCGCAGCCGGCCCCCUGAGCAGCCAGCCUAGCCCUGCCGAGGGCGCCGACACUAAGUCCUACCUAUGGGCCAGAUACCACGAGAUGAAAAAGCUGGUGUAUGAUCUUCUUCCACCGGGAGUCUGCAAUCUCCUUAACCCUGCAGCCAUCUACGCAAAUAAUGAGAUCAGCUUGAGAGAUGUUGAGAUCUAUGGCUUUGAUUAUGAUUAUACAUUAGCACAGUACUCUAAUUUAUUACAUUCUAUGAUAUUCAACACUGCCAGAGACAUACUAAUUGAACAGUACAAGUAUCCAGAAGGACUCAAGAAAUAUGAUUACCUUCCAGGAUUUGCUAUCAGAGGGCUUCACUACGAUGUGCAAAAGAGUCUUCUGAUGAAGAUUGAUGCUUUCCAUUAUGUCCAGUUGGGAACUGCAUAUAGAGGGCUAAAGCCAGUGCCUGAUGAAGAGGUUAUUGAAUUGUAUGGUGGUACCCAGCACAUCCCACUGUAUCAGAUGAGUGACUUCUAUGGCAAGGGUCCUUCAAUUAAACAAUUCAUGGACAUCUUCUCCCUUCCUGAAAUGACCCUGCUCUCCUCUGUCAUUGACUAUUUCAUAAAUCAUGGCAUUGAGUUUGACCAGGUUCAUCUUUACAAGGACAUAUCUGAUGCCAUUAAAGACGUGCACGUAAAAGGAAUGAUGUACAAAUGGAUUGAGAAGGACAUGGAGAAAUACAUUCUUCAUGGGGAUGAAACUUAUGCUGUCCUAAACCGACUGGUUAACCUCAACAAGAAACUCUUCCUUAUUACAAACAGCCCCUUCAGCUUUGUAGAUAAAGGAAUGAAACAUAUGGUUGGCAAGAACUGGCGGGACCUCUUUGACAUGGUCAUUGUGCAAGCUGAUAAACCCACCUUUUUCACUGAUAGACGCAAACCUUUUAGAAAAUUGGAUGACAAAGGCUCACUCCAAUGGGACAAAAUAAACAAACUAGAAAAGGGAAAGAUCUACAAACAGGGAAAUUUGUUUGAUUUUCUAAGGCUAACAGGUUGGCGUGGGUCCAAAGUACUUUAUUUCGGUGACCAUCUGUACAGUGAUCUUGCAGACUUGAUGCUGCGUCAUGGCUGGAGGACUGGAGCCAUUGUACCAGAACUGGAACCUGAAAUCCGGAUCAUUAAUACAGAGCAGUACAUGCACUCGCUGACUUGGCAACAGGCACUCACAGGGCUGCUGGAGAGAAUGCAGAUGUAUCAAGAUGCAGAAUCAAAGCAGGUGCUGCUGGAAUGGAUGCAAGAGCGUCAGGAAAUUAGGUCCCUUACAAAGAAUUUAUUCAAUCCUCAGUUCGGGAGCAUCUUCCGAACCUUCCACAACCCAACCUACUUCUCUCGGAGACUGAUCCGGUUCUCUGAUAUCUACAUGGCAUCCAUCAGCUGCCUGCUGAACUAUGAUGUGAACUUCACCUUUUUCCCCCGGCGCACCCCUCUGCAGCACGAGGCGCCCCUCUGGAUGGAUCAGCUCUGCACGGGUUGUAUGAAGACCCCCUUCCUGGAGGAGAUGGUGCACAUCCGAUGAAGGGAAAGUAUGUGAGCUGAAGUUUACAGUGAUGUAGUGCUAGAAUUGUUUGUACAAAAGGUCAGGCUGUUUGGCCAUGGAUUGCCUAUCGCUAAAGAUGAUUUUAACACGGGUGUGGGUGUGGGUUGUGUUUUGUCCCUGACCAUCCCAGAACCUUGCCUUCCAGCACUUCCAAAUAUCUACCUUGCUAACAAAUUGGUGCUUAAGUUAAAUGGAAGGACUAUCUGAUUUGACUAUUUUAUCUAGCAAAGCAUUCUCAGAGUUGGUUAGGUAGAAGUAAAACAAUCACAGCAAGCUGCAUGUCAUGACCCCUUCAAUUUUUUAAAACUCCAUCUUCAGCCCCUACCCAAAUUCUGGCCCAAAUCUUCUUCUAAGAUGGGUAGCUGAAAUUAGGUAACUGCAGUUAGGCACCGUAGCUAGAAGUGGCCUGAUUCUCAGAAGUGCUAAGCAAACCCACCUCUCUGCUCUCCCAUACAUUUAAAGGGUUCUUCAGCACCUCUGAAAGCUGGUUUUAGGCAACUUAACUUUUGAAUGUUUUGGUCUCUGAAUAUAGAGGCUUUUUUCCUUCACUUGUUAUAGAAACAGUUCAAAAGCUAAGAUCUUGACACACACACACACACACACACACUGCUUAGAAGGUGCUAUUUUUGCAGCCUUUGACAUUAAAAUAAUGUAUUUGCCAUGUCUUUGACGAUUGUUUUGAAAAGCAUGGAAGCUAAAUUAUAAUGGAUUUUAAAUCUUUGAUAUUUAAGUCAACACUUAAAUUUUAACACUGAAAAGUAUUGCCUUGAAAAAUCAAUUAAAACACUACCUUAAGUGAUGUAGUUUCGUUUUUACAGUAAGAAGCUUAGAGCUCAUAUCUUCUCAAUAAGAUGAGCAAUGCCUUUGUAUUUGCACAAAUUGGGCCUUAUUCUGAAGUCAUGGGCUGGUGUGAAGUUACCCCCCCCCCCCCCAAAUGUAAAACUGAGAUUAGAAUAAGGCCUGUUUGUAUUCUUGACUCAAGGCUGUUCCUACAGCUGUGGAAGAGAUUAUUCUGAUUCAGUAGCAAGAAGGGGGAGGGGGGAAGUAACAAAGGAUAAAUUGUGGUCAGGCAUGGAGAGGUAGGUGAAUCUUGUUAAAUCUAUUUUUCAACAAAUGAGCCCAGUGUUGUUGACAAUGGAGGGGGAUUACUUUGUGCCAAAUGUCUUUGGGUAGGAGACAGUGAUUUCUAGCUAUAGCUCUGCCUCGGCUUCUGUUUAGUACAAGUUUAGAAUAUCUGCGUAACUGAAGGGUUGGAGCCAUAGGAGUUACAAAGGGCCAACCACAGCCAGAGCAGCAUAACUCCUGUGCUGCUGCUUUAUGACUGAGUACUUUGCACACACCAUACCACUUAAUCUCUUCUGCAUACUGCCAGCAAUCUUACUACUGCUCUUUCAAGUAGUUGAAAAUAUUAUGACAAGGAUGAAAGCACUGAGAGCUGCUCCUAGAUGGGGAUGCUAUUAAUAAAUAAUCCUCCCUCCACCUAUCUCAGGUCAAAGCUGGCCCAUAAUUCAGCUGUGGCAGGUCUAUACAACCUAAAACCAUAUGGAAAUGUUACAUUGAAACCUGUAUUUUAAAACAUUCCCCUGGAAUGUUUACACCCCAACCAUAACAGUGUGCUAACCCAUGAAAACCUGUCUAAAGCUGAGAGAAAUAAAGUUCUUUUCUGGUUUAAUCUUAAAAUAAAUGGCAGUAGUAAUACAACACCUGAAAUGAAAUUUAAACUCUGUUGUGAUAUCUAGCAUGAAGGAUGCAGUCAGUUUACAGCCUUGCAGUUGUCACAGGAGUUUCUAAACACAGAAAGCAGUAACAGCUGACUGAAGUUUAUAUAGCUAUAAAACAAACUUAUUAGCAUAAAUAUCCCUACUCCCCAUUAAAUCUACAACACCCUCUUUUUCUGCCUGCCAAUAGAAAUUUUUGAGCAAUGCUUAAAAUCAGGGCAUGCUGUUUUCUUUCCAUGUAGAGACACUCCAGCUUAGGGACUGAGUGGGAGAAGCAAUUAAGUAGCUAACUGCUUUUCUGAAGAAAAGGCAUAGGGACUAUUUUAAGCUUUUUCUGCAGCCCAGGCUCAUCUCCCACAAGAGGCAGUUUAGAAGUGCAAGGCUGUGGAUGGAGGUCCCAGUCUGGGCUCCCAUUUGCCACCUCAUCUUUUUCUUUUUCUUUUCUUUUUUUUCCUCUUAACUGCCUUUCUCCUUCCCUGCUCUGGGACUGAGCGGGGUUGGGUUUGCAACCACAGAAGCCUCUGCUGCAUCACCUCCAGGCUCACACUUCUGCCUCUCUUCUGGAAGGGAAGAAGCACCCCUGAAAGCACCAUGUGAAGUAAAAGGAUGCUUUCCCAAGCUGACACUGAGGGAAACAUGAGCAGGAGGACCUCAUGCAGUCAUCCCAGGGUGCAGGGACAAGCGGUUUGUAGGGCUCACGUGCCCCACCCCUCCCAUCUUGAAGUGGUUGCUGAAUGCUGUAACCCCCCCUCCCCCUUCCCAAUUGCUGACCCUAGCAGAGCAGGACUCAGAAAGCAGUUUUUUUUAGAGGGCUUCAGGUCCUGUAGAAGGUCACAGCAGCACACCUACAUCCACACGCAGUCAAAAAAAACCUCACCAAGAGCAAGAAAAACUGUCCAGUGCUGAAGAAGAGGAGCUUUCGGACUCUUAAUGUGAGCUGGGCCAAGGGUAAGCCCAACAAUGAUUUAUUUUUGGUGAGAAGGUUUGAGUCUAUGUUCAAAAAAGUGGUGGAUCCACAGUACAGAUCUAACCUUGCUUUUGAGAGCAAGCCUCCCACUAAACAUAUCCCCUCAGGCUGAAAUUUCCCCUAUACUCCUCCUUGGUGGAUGUGAGAGGAAUGAGACAGGUUCAAUAAACUACUCUGUCCCUCAAAGGCAGAUACUCAUUCUAAAUCGGUCCUAGGCUCAGCUAACUUUGCCUCCUCUUCAGGGAAAGGGCUGGACACUAUAGUGGCAAAAAAUGGUGCAAAAUCCAAACAGUCCCUUCCAUCUCCACUAAGUGCUCUCAGGAGAGAAUAUAAACCCUCUUUCAGGCAGACCCUCCUUAAAUACUCUAAGGGAACAUCUUGGACUGUAGGUUCAGGCAGAAAGUCCAGCGGUGGUUGAGCAGCCUCCAGCACAACUUUUUGACAAUGAACAGAUUUGCUGCCACCCAGACUUGAACCUAGGAGCCAGAAUUCCCCAUUUGUCAGAGGAUGGGUAGGUGUUAACCCGCAGACGCAUGGGCCAGGGAGGAGGAGAGCCAGGGACUCCACCCCAUCCAUUCUUCAUUCAGCUUCCAGCUUGAGGGACAAUCUGGUCCAAAAGGAGCGCUUUCAUCUUCUGAAUAUAGGUCUCUCAGAAGAGGAAACAGUUUCUCAGGGUUCUAUCUUUCAAAAAUACACAGGGUCUUGGAAAGAGGUCAAUCAGAAAUAACAAGAACUCAGCAUUUCCAAGUCACCCAUCACUAGAUGGAUUAGGCUAUGCUUGCUGAGGCCUAUAAGGCAUUAGAGGUCCUGGGAAGAAUCCAGCCAGACUCUGAUGUGGCUGCCAAUCGUAUUGGCAGAACAAGUAAGUACCUCCACCUCAGAAAUCUGCAGAGGAGACCCUUAAUUAUUGGGCAACACCUUUUAUAGGCCAUUACAAUGUGGACUUGUCAUCUGCAGAGGCCUUGUUUUCCAGUAAGGUAGUGGCCCCAAAAUAAAUGUGCUCAAAGGCAAUGUUGGCUGAUGGUAGUGGCAGGGACUGUUCCUCUUAUUCCUCCCUACUUCUGUUCACUGCUCUCUACUUUCCAGACAUAGCAGAAUUGGAGACGACACUGGGCUUUAGAAUGGAAAAUUUCUUAAUAUCCUUUCUGCUAGCAGCAUCUCCCACAAGUUUACCCUGCAGGCUCUCUUCAACGUUUUGUUACUUAUAGCUUUGGAAUGACUCAUAGGGCUGCAACUAUGAACCACUGAGUGGAGCUCAGACACAGCAGAAUUGUGGGAAACUUUUCCAUUCAGUGUUAGGGCUAAAUUAUGGUGCAAGAUGCUAAAGAUUACUUUAUUCUCCCUCAUUAGUAUAGCAGCACAGCCAAGUGCACUAUUUCCUUUAGUGUGAGCUAAUUGAGUGCUGGCUAUGGCUCCAGCUCCAGCAAUCAUCCAGGCAGCUCGCUUACCCUAAGUGUAAGGCUUUUCCCUCCCCUGAAAAAAUGGAUGGCUGGGACUGCUCAGUUUCAGAAGAACAUACACUUUGAGCAUGGUAGGUAGAUUAAAAAUAAGCUGAGAGUAGCAUAGACACUGAGGAGGGCCCAAAGAAAUCAGGGCAGAGUCCCCCCCCUCCGAGCACGAGCCCUGGAGUGUCAGCUUCGGUGGGGAAUGCUAAAUAAGUUAUCAAGAGCUGUGAACUGACUGACUCUGCAGCAUAAUGAAGGUUGGAGUGUUUAUCACAAUGGAGCCUUGUUUUCUAUGUACUGUAGCAAAAGAUCAAGCUCAGGUUGGAACACCUUUAUAGUGAAUCUGUAGCAAAGUAUUGGUACAGGAGACUUGUGCAGCUAGGGGAAGUAUAAGAGGAACAAAAUAUCAGUGGCUAUAAUUACAAGAAAUGGCAUCUUUCAUCUUGUGUGGAAAGAUAUAGAAAUAUGUAAUUUUACCAAUCAAGAGUGUUAUCUGGGCUGAGAACAUUAGCGUGGGACAGUGUUAGGCUAGGUGAACUACAUUUUAGAGUUGCACCUAUACAGAGAAUUCUUAGAGCCUUCCCCUUCAAAGCCACACAUGCACCAUGUGCCUAGUGGACAAACUGCCUGUGGCUUAUUGCUCUGUGCCAAGUUUAAAUCCCAUAGCAGCUAGGGAAAAUGAGUGAAAUAAUCCAAUGCCAUAAACCAGUGUUAAUGCAGCAGCUGUAAUGAAAUGUGCUAGAAUAUCUGUGGCAGUGAGUAGCAACUGUAACCAGUUGGGAACGUAAUACCUCAAGUACAUAAACAGGGUACCUGUCCUGGUGACUGGAUGUUUAAAAAAAAAAUCAAGAAGCCAUUUAACCAUUCCACCUUUAAUGCUCGUUAUUUUGGUGUUCAAACAUAAUGUAAAUAACUUGUUAAACAUUACAUCACUAGAGAAUGCAGUAGGAGUCUCAUGAUACAGCAAUGUCUUGGGCUGUGACUGUUGUGCAGUGCAAUUGUGAUCUGUAACCCUCGAAUUGUAAUGUGUAUGCUGCAAGAGAAGAAUGUUUCCGCUACUGUAGGAGCACCUGCCAUGUUAUGUUGGAGAUAGUGGUGGCAACUUUACCACUUGAUAGACUGGGCAUCAUCUAGGUGCCUUUGCCAAAGCUGUGACUUUUGUAGACCCAUAGUAUAGCCACCCAAAUUUGAUGUAGUUGGUAAAUAGGAAACCCAAGUGGAUGUUUGUUACUCAAAAUGUUACCACUAUGGCUCUCUGAAAAUUUAACAUAGCAAUUGCUGUUGUGUGGGUUUGAGAAUAAUUUGAAAUGUAGCAUGUUGAAGUUCUUGUCUAAAUAACUUGCUGUAGCUCAUUGUCUAGUUCACAGUGGUAGGUUAUUUGAUUCUAAACUUCUAUAUAUGUAUGGUAAAUAAACAAUAUCAUAGUAUGACAA